UGGCAACCAGUCAGUCGUCGACGAGAUGUGCAACGUACAGUAUCUUGGCAUUAGUAUUUUAAUUGCGACGCAGCUGCUCGGCUGGGCAAUGGGUGCGAAUAUAUUAGCUUUGAUGGGCAUGACCUCCCACAGUCAUCAUAUCUGGAAUAGUGUGCUGCUGUAUGAGCUGGCAGAACGGGGUCAUAAUAUGACCAUACUGUCCGUGAAUUUGCCACGGCCCGAGGAUAAGGUGCCAGCCAAUGUUAGCUAUAUCUAUCUCGAACGCGCCUACGAUGUCUAUAAAGAGAGUGGCGAUAAAGUUGAUAUAAACUCCUUUAUUGGUAUUGGCAACUAUGAGACUAUAACGAAAACUUACGAUUUUGGCUUGAAAACGGCGAAAUAUAUAGCCGCCUCUCAGGGGCUACUGCAGCUGCUGGACUAUCCGGAUGAAUUUAAGUUUGAUCUGAUAAUCAAUGACUACACCCUGGGUCCAUAUUUGCUUGGGUUUGCGCACAAGUUUCGCUACCCUCCCAUAAUUGGCGUUACGGCCUUUCACAAUGCGCCCAUAACACUCGAUUUUAUGUCCAAUCACUAUUUCCCCGCGCUGACACCCUAUUACUCGACUCUGUAUAAUCACAAAAUGAGCUUUUUAGAGCGUUUUGAUAACACGCUCGUAUUUGCCGCCGAUACAAUCUAUCGCCGAUUGUAUUACUAUCCCCAGCUGGAUGAGAUAAUGCGACCAUUUUUUGGGCCCGAAAUGCCGCCUCUGUCAAAGCUGGCGAAGCUGACGAAGAUUUCACUGGUCAACUCACAUCCAGCCACGGAUUAUGUGGAGGCCUUGCCGCCGAAUGUUGUAGAGGUAGGCGGUCUGCAAGGCAGACAGGGCAAGCCCUUGCCCGCCGACUUGGAUCAAUUUAUGAGACGUGGAAAACGUGGGGCCAUAUUCUUUUCGCUGGGCACCAAUAUGCAUCCAGAAAAUGUGGACAGUAUGCUCAAACUGCAAAUAGUGGAGGCUUUUAGGCAGCUGCCUGACUAUAACUUCAUUUGGAAGUUUGACGAGCAGUACUUGAAGGAUGUUCAAAUGCCGGCCAACGUUUUGGUUAAGGAAUUUCUGCCACAACGGGAUAUUUUGUCUCAUAAGUCUAUGACUUUGUUUAUCUCACACUGCGGUGGAUUGAGCACACAAGAGGCUACAUGGCAUGGUGUACCCAUCGUCGGAAUUCCCUUAUUCCUGGAUCAAUAUCGCAAUCUCAUUCAAACCAUUAAUGCUGGUGCUGCUGUUCAGGUUAACUAUUUGAAUCUGACUACGGAACAGCUGGUCUCCGCCGUACGAGAAGUCGCCGAGAACAAGCGUUACUCGCAGGCUAUGAAAAUGCGAUCCCAGCGCCUACGAGAUAAUCCAGUUCCCCCCUUGGAGCUGGCCGUGUGGUGGGUGGAGUAUUUACUACGCCAACCCGAUCCCGUUCACUUGGAAUCGGCAGCCAGGGAAUUGAAUUAUUUCCAAGCGCAUUCCCUGGAUGUGCUCGCAGUUCUAGUUAUGAUUCCUUUGCUGCUCCUGUAUGUCCUGCAGCGCCUGUGCACUGGCAAGCGACGAUCGAUGCGAAAAAGACAUCCAAAACGCGACUGAACGAAUAUGCUUAAAUUACCAUAAUACAAUAUUUUAUUUACUUUUGUAAAGCUAAAUAUUAUACAAUAGAUUGUUAUUGCUAUAACUUC